GCUACCUCGAAAUAUGUAAACGGCCGGGCUUGACUCACCCGCAUGGCCCGACAGGAGUUGCAAUGGGCUCAAUUGGCAAGAUGGGACUGGCACGGCCUCCGAUAAUACGGAUCGCCAAUGGCACCUUCUACCGCCAUCACCCCAGUGCUUCGUCCGCGCAUCCAAACCCGUCCCUCUUCUCCAACUUGACCUUUGAGAUACCGUCCUACAGCUCCGAGCCGCACAACUGGUGCAUUGUCGGGCCCUCCCUAUCCGGAAAGACCACCUUCCUCCAGCUCCUCCAAGGCCAGCACCUCUGCUUCCCCCCAACGGCCCGGUCCUUCCCCUACCUUGCCACCGACAAUAUCCCACACCGACUGAGGGCGCCGAACAGGGCGAUCCGCUAUGUCGGCUUCGACAACGCCGGCGCGGGCAGCGGUCUCGGCCCCGCCACCUCGGCCUACCUGUCGGCGCGCUACGAGAGCCGCCGAGAGCAGACCGACUUCUCGCUGCUCGAUUUCCUGCUCGGCAACACCGAGCUGAACCCCGCUGGGGCCGGCGGCGGCGGCGGCGGCGGCGAUGGGAGCAUCGACUCCGCGCUGCUGGACCGCGUGGUGGUCGACCUGCGGCUCGAGAACCUCCUGCAGCUGCCCGUCGCGUUCCUGUCCAACGGGCAGGGCCGGAGGGCGCGCAUCGCCAGGGCGCUGCUCACGACCCCCGAGGUGCUGCUGCUCGACGAGCCGUUCAUGGGCCUUGACCCGCCGACCGUGGCGGGGCUGAGCCCGCUGCUGAGGGAGCUGGCCGACAAGUCCAGCCCGAGGUUGGUGCUGAGCGCACGGCCGCAGGACCCCCUGCCGGAGUGGAUCACUCAUCUGAUCUACCUCCGGACGGAUUGCCAGGUCGGCGCUAUGGGAGAGAAGGAGACGGUGCUGGAAGGCCUGAGGAAGUACGUGCGCGGGGUCUGGAAAGGGGGUCUCGCCGAGGAUGAGAAGCUGCCUGUUCACGCCCUGGGGGAGAUGGGGAGGACAUUGAGUGGACGGGGCGUCGAGGGGGAGGGGCUCAUUGAGGAAGUCACGUCCACGCAGGCUGAUGCCGGGACUAAAAAAUUCGAUGCGGAGCCUUCACUGGGUAAACCUCUGGGGGAACCACUGGUGGAGAUGGAGGGAUGUCAAGUCCGAUACGGUGAUAAGAUUGCCUUGGGCAAUUGGAGCGUUGCCGGGGCAAAGGGGCUCUACUGGUCCGUCCGGAGGGGUGAGCGGUGGGGCGUCUUUGGGCCCAACGGGUCUGGAAAGACAACCAUCGUCUCACUCCUCUGCUCGGACCAUCCUCAGACAUACUCGCUCCCGAUCAAGCUCUUCGGUCGAAGCCGGCUUCCCGAGCCUGGCUCUGGAGAGCUGCCACUGACCUUCUGGGACAUCCAAUCCCGCGUUGGACACUCCAGUCCGGAGAUCCACCAACACAUGCCGCGCAGCUUGACGAUUCGGCAGGUCAUGGAGAGUGCAUGGGCCGAUACGUUCCGCAGCAAACCAAAGAUGGACGAUGUUGCUCGUGGCCAAGUCGACGCGACGCUUUCAUGGUUCGAGCAUGAGCUCAAUCCGGCCUCCAGCAGCCACACAGCCGACUCUGCGUCGUCGACGGCUGGGGAGGGCCUGUCUUGGGCCGAUGAUUACAUGUUCGGCGAGAUCUCGUUCAGCGCCCAGCGGAUCCUGCUCUUCCUACGCGCCAUCAUCAAACACGCCGACGUCGUGGUGCUCGACGAGGCGUUCAGCGGCAUGGACGACGCCGUUCGGGACAAGUGCAUGCUCUUCCUCGCCCAUGGCGAGGAGAAGACCUACACAUCCACAGCCGCGUCGAUCAAGACUGGUACCGGCACCGGCGUAUCGGAGGCUCCGAUUGUAGACAGCGAGGCCGCCAAGGCCGGCACCGUCAAGGUGACCGGGCUAUCGGAGCAGCAGGCGCUAAUCUGCAUCAGCCACGUCAAGGAGGAAGUGCCGGACUGCGUUAGGGAGUGGCUCUGCCUCCCGGAGGCGAAAACGGGUGAGCCCGCGAGGUUCGGACGCCUAAAUGGCCCGCUGAGGACGGACAGGAAGCGGUGGGAGGAGAUCUGGAGCAGCGCGUAG